AUGCAUUACUUACUUGCUUUCAUUCCGCUGUUUCUACUUGGAACUACAAUGGCUUCCUCAGCCAAGACGACGAGCUAUUCGUACGGAUCUAAUAUCCUUCAGUCGUACGACGUUUACAUUCCCUCUUCCACGGAUUCCGGAUCAGCAAUCGACAAAUACUGGAUCGUUUACCUCCACGGAGGCUUUUACCGUGACUUCGCCCAGAAUUCGACAACCAUCGAAGCAGCCAUCGCUUCUCUUGAGGCAAACAGCUCUUACACUCUUUCGAAUCGUAUCGCUGGUAUUGCAUCGCUGAAUUAUCGCCUUUCGGCUCUUCCAGGCGUCCAGCCCAACAAUACGCCGCCACAUGAGUUGCAGAACGCGAGGUGGCCUGAUCAUCUAAAUGACGCCGUCGCUGCAAUCAAGGACCUAGGCAAACGAUACCCUAUUGAUGGGAAGUAUGUGCUCGGCGGCCACUCCGUUGGCGCACAGAUCUCAUACUUGACGAUUCUGGAAACCCUCAAAGAUGAGUCGCUCCCAAAGCCGGCGGCUGUGUUGGGUGUCAGCGGAAUCUACGACUUUCCACAAUUGCAUAUUACCCACCCUGACUAUGACUACCUCGUGUUGAAUGCUAUGAGGAAGGAUCAGCUUCUAGACGCAAGUCCUGCCAAAGUAGACCCUAAGGAUUAUGCCGCUUUGAAUUUGAAAGCGUUUGUAGUAGCGCACAGCAGGAAUGAUGGGCUCGUGCCAUGGGAUCAGGUGGAAGCCAUCGAAACCACGCUGGGAACAUUGCCUGAGCUAGAGGAAAAGACGGCCGUUGUGGAGUUAGACGGCCAGCACAACGAGAUUUGGCGUGGUGGUGUGCAACUAGCAAAAGCUUUCCUCGAGACAUUGGCUCGUCUAUAG